GGGAGUAAGGAUGGCGGUGAACUUUACGGAGGUUUGGGGUCGGGUAAAGAAUGUGUGUGCGCAGAACGGGCUCCUCAUCCUGUCUGUGUUGGCCGUUGUCAUUGGCUGCAUGAUGGGGUUCCACCUGCGAGGCAAGCAGCUAUCAGACCAGGAGGUGAAAUAUUUCCAGUUUCCUGGAGAGCUCCUGAUGAGGAUGUUAAAGAUGCUCAUUCUUCCCCUUGUCGUCUCCAGUUUGAUGUCGGGGCUGGCAGCCCUGGACGCCAAGUGUUCCAGCCGCCUCGGCAUCAUGACCGUCUCCUACUACCUGUGGACCACCUUCGUGGCAGUGGUGGUGGGCAUCCUCAUGGUUACCAUCAUCCACCCAGGUGGCGCCGCCCAGAAGGAGGACAACGAGGACAGCGGCAAGCCAAUCAUGAGCUCCGCUGAUGCCCUGCUUGAUCUGAUUCGCAACAUGUUUCCAGCCAACUUGGUCCAGGCAACUUUCCAACAGUACCGUACCAGGAGUAUCCCCAUCAUGAAGCCCCCGCCCACGGUGACAGCUCCCCUGAUGGAGAGCACCACCCGGAGGGUCUAUAUCUACGGUGUCCAGGACGACAACGGAACCGACGUCCAGAACUUCUCCCUGGACCUGACGCCCCCGCCAGACGUCCAGAUGCGCACGCUGCCCGGGACCAGCGACGGCAUGAACGUCCUGGGGAUCGUCAUCUUCUCCGCCACAAUGGGUAUCAUGCUGGGUAGAAUGGGGCCUAAUGGCAGCGCCCUGGUCAACUUCUGUCAGAGUUUAAACGAGGCUGUCCUGAAGAUUGUCGCCAUAGUGAUCUGGUACUUCCCGUUCGGCAUCGUGUUCCUGGUGGCUGGUAAGAUCCUAGAGAUGGAUGACCCGUCAGCCAUGGGGAAGAAGCUGGGUUUCUAUGCCAUCACCGUGGUGAUGGGCCUGAUCCUCCAUGGUCUCUUCAUCCUCCCGGCCAUGUACUUCUUCAUCACCAAGAAGAGCCCCAUCGUCUACAUCAGGGGCAUCCUGCAGGCCCUGCUCAUCUCCCUGGCAACCUCCUCCAGCUCGGCCACGCUGCCCAUCACUUUCAAGUGCCUCCUCGAGAACAACCACAUCGACCGGCGCAUCAUCCGCUUCGUGCUCCCUGUGGGCGCCACCAUCAACAUGGACGGGACGGCGCUCUACGAGGCCGUGGCUGCCAUCUUCAUCGCCCAGGUCAACAACUACGAGCUAGACUUUGGCCAGAUCAUAACCAUCAGUAUCACAGCUACGGCUGCCAGUAUUGGUGCAGCUGGAAUCCCGCAGGCCGGAUUGGUCACCAUGGUGAUCGUGUUAACCUCGGUGGGCCUGCCCACUGAUGACAUCACUCUCAUCAUUGCUGUAGAUUGGGCGUUGGACCGUUUCAGGACCAUGGUCAACGUGAUGGGAGAUGCCCUGGCCACGGGGAUCAUGGCUCACAUCUGUAGAAAAGACUUCGUCAAGGAAGGAGAGCAGGUGCCUCUGAUCUGUGAGACCAAGCCCAUGAUCAGCAUCCAGCAGAUGAUGACGUACCAGAAGAACGGUGGGUACCAGCACCCUCCCUGCGGACCAGAGGGCCCGGACGUGGCUCGUCUGAUGCAGCUGGAGGAGGGGUUACGGCCGGAGCAGAGGAAGAGGAACCCCCACGCUCCCCAACACAAGAGGGAGCACAAGGACAAGGACCACUGCUCCAUCGACAUGAAUGGUCUGGAGACUAACGUAUAGAGGGAGCCAGUCAUCAGCACCACAGCAACCGGCUGCGUCCCGAUUCUCCACACUUCUCUAGAAGUGUGCACAUGCAUACUCUCCGACACGGAUCUAACAGUGGUGGAUCUAACAACUCCCUCCAGCCAAUGGUUACACCAGUUCAAUGCUUUUAACACCAUGACAAGGAGUGGGAAAGUGCAUACUUUGGAAAAAGGUGGACAAUCAGAAUGCAGCCAAGAUUAUAGCUACAGGCGAGAGGAAGGGACCGACUGACCAACUGCAACAGAUGCAGGAUGAGGAUCCAACAAGAAAAUAUGAUUUUCUACAUGAUUUAUAUUACGACCCAGUAUGAUUGUGCAUGUGUGUGUUUAUGUACUUAUCAGAGUUGUUACACGCCAGCAGAAUGAUUUUAUAGAAACAUUUUAUAUGAGGAGCAGGCAUUCUAUAUGAUGAGAAGACAUUCUAUAUGAUGAGAAGACAUUCCAUGUGACAAUGACACAUUCCAUAUGACAAGGGGACAUUCUAUAUGAUGAGAAGACAUUCUAUAUGAUGAGAAGACAUUCCAUGUGACAAUGACACAUUCCAUAUGACAAGGGGACAUUCUAUAUGACAAGGAGAGCUUCUAAAUGAUGAGGAGACAUUCCAUGUGACAAUGACACAUUCUAUAUGACAAGGGGACAUUCUAUAUGACAAGGAGAGCUUCUAUAUGAUGAGACAUUCCAUGUGACAAUAACACAUUCUAUAC